AUGCCAGCAGCCUGCCUGAAUGCGGUGCUCGUCUCUUACAGACCAGCCAGUUCCUGCUGGAGGCUCCUGAUAUCAUCUGGGGAGAUGACGUCCAGGCCCCCCAACUGCCUGCUGCGGCUGCUCCGGGGUGCCCCGAGGCAGCGGGUCUGCACCCUGUUCAUCAUCGGCUUCAAGUUCACGUUUUUGGUCUCCGUCAUGGUCUACUGGCACAUUGUGGGAGAGCCCAGGGGCCAAGGACAGUUCUCUAACCUGCCUGCUGACAUACCCUGCCCGCGCUUGGUCUCCCACACACUGUCCUCCGGCACCCCACCUCCCGGCAACAUCUUCUUCCUGGAGACUUCUGACCGGACGGACCCCAACUUCCUGUUCAUGUGCUCAGUGGAGUCAGCAGCCAGGGCCCAGCCUGAGUCCCGGGUGGCGGUCCUGAUGAAGGGGCUGCCCGGCGGGAACGCCUCCCUGCCCCGGCACCUGGGCCUCUCGCUUCUGGGCUGUUUCCCCAACGUCCAGAUGCUCCCGCUGGACCUGCAGGAGCUGUUUUGGGACACGCCCCUGGCAGGCUGGUACGCGGCCCUGCAGCGGCAGUGGGAGCCCUACGUGCUGCCCGUGCUCUCCGAUGCCUCCAGGAUUGCGCUCAUGUGGAAGUUCAGAGGCAUCUACCUGGACACGGACUUCAUCGUCCUCAAGAGCCUGGGGAACCUGACCAACGCGCUGGGCACCCAGUCCCACUAUGUCCUCAACGGUGCCUUCCUGGCCUUCGAGCGCCACCACGAGUUCAUGGCGCUGUGCAUGCGCGACUUCGUGGCCCACUACAACGGCUGGAUCUGGGGCCACCAGGGCCCGCAGCUGCUCACGCGGGUCUUCAAGAAGUGGUGCUCCAUCCGCAGCCUGGGCGAGAGCCAUGCCUGCCGCGGCGUCACCACCCUGCCCUACGAGGUGUUCUACCCCAUCCCCUGGCAGAACUGGAAGAAGUUCUUCGAAGACGUCAGCCCCGAGGAGCUGUCCCGGCUGCUCAACGCCACCUACGGUCAUGUGUGGAAAAAGAAGAGCCAGGGCACGUGCUACAAGGCCACGUCCAGGGCACUGCUGGCCCAGCUCCACGCCCGCUACUGCCCCAUGAUGCACGAGGCCAUGAAGCUUUACUUGUGA